CACAAAUAUACAUACACGCACCCACGUACACGCACACACACCAGAGAGAGGGAGCCCUCCGGUGCGUAAUGUGGGGGCGACCAUGUUGUCCAGGAAAGGACUCAUCCCGGAGGACUACUUGCUGACGCGCCUGGCGGAAGAUGUCCUGCAGCACCCGAAGUUCAAGGCGAAAAGCCGGAAAGCGCGCUUCGUGGCCAAGAACGGCAGGUGCAACGUGGCGCACACCAACAUCCGCGAGCAAGGUCGCUUCCUGCAGGACGUGUUCACCACGCUGGUGGACCUGAAAUGGCUCCACACGCUCAUCAUCUUCACCAUGUCCUACCUGUGCAGCUGGCUGCUCUUCGGCAUGAUCUGGUGGCUCAUCGCCUUCGCGCACGGCGACCUGGACCCGCACGGCGGCGACUUGGCGCCGUGCGUGACGCAGAUCCACUCCUUCUCGUCCGCCUUCCUCUUCUCCAUCGAGGUGCAGGUGACCAUCGGCUUCGGCGCGCGCAUGGUGACGGAGGAGUGCGUGUCCGCCAUCGCCGUGCUGAUCGUGCAGAACAUCGUGGGGCUCAUCAUCAACGCCGUCAUGCUGGGCUGCAUCUUCAUGAAGACUGCGCAGGCGCGCCGGCGCGCCGAGACGCUGAUCUUCAGCAAGCACGCGGUGGUGUCGGUGCGCAACAACCGGCUGUGCUUCAUGGUGCGCAUCGGGGAUCUGCGCAAGAGCAUGAUCAUCAGCGCCACCGUGCGGAUGCAGGUGGUGCGGAGGACGAGCACGGAGGAGGGCGAGGUGGUGCCGCUGGACCAGAUCGACAUCCACAUGGACAACCCGGUGGGCACCAACGGGGUUUUCCUGGUGUCCCCGCUGGUCAUCUGCCACGUCAUCGACCAGCGCAGCCCCUUGUACGACCUGUCCGCCGCCGACCUGCAGCACCACGACGUGGAGGUCAUCGUGGUGCUGGAGGGGGUGGUGGAGACCACCGGCAUCACCACGCAGGCCAGGACCUCCUACGUGUCCGAGGAGAUCCUGUGGGGGCAGCGCUUCGUGCCCACCGUGUCCGAGGAGGAGGGCAUGUACGCGGUGGACUACUCCAAGUUCGGGAACACGGUGAAGGUGCCCACGCCGGCCUGCAGCGCCAGGAAGCUGGACGAGGUGGGCGGCAUCGCGCGCUACAAACUGCUGGAGGGCGUCACCCUGCGGCCGUUUGUCAGGAAGCGGCGGGGGUCCAGCGUGCGUCGUCGCUCCGGGUUGGAGAGCAUGCAAGGAUCUCAUUCCGAUCCACUCAGGUGGUCCACGGAGGUGUCAGAGGGAUGAUGACGCGAAAAGUUCAACCAGCCGGCAAAAAAAGUCACAUUUUCAAUGUUUAUUAAUAAAAAUAAAAAAACACCGAAGCCGCGUAAAGUUAUACACGUGUUUGACCACAGGGGGGCAGUGUCCACACAAACUAAUAUAACAAUGUUGGAUUUGACGCUCAUCCAAUGGAACUUUUUACAGACUUGAUCAGCUUGGCAUGUUCUGAAAAUGGAAUUCAUUAUAAAUAAUAUAUUUUAUUAGUAGUGAUGUGACACUCCAUUCGAUUCACAUACUUGGGUGACGAUUUGAUUCUCGAUUAAAACCAUUUCUCGUAAUACAUUAUUUCAAAUAAAUAUAAUAAAAC